CAAUUCAUAAAUAUUUUUGCAUAUAGAUAUAUAUAUAAUAUAUAUAUAAUAUAGAUAUAUAAAUAUAUAUAUUCAUUUAUAUGUAUAUAUAUAUAUCAAUAUAUAUAUAAGCUAGUGUAUGCAUUCAUGUAUAUAUUCUACAUUAUAGUAUAUUGAUAAAUAUAUAUAUAUAUAUAUAGCUAUAUAUGCAUGCAUGUGUAUUUGCAUGCAUUAUAUUCAAUAUAUAAGUUAUAUGUUGUAUGAUAGCGUAAACACAUCAUACAAAUUAACGAUAUUAAUAUAGAAAACAACAAGACAUACAUAGAUGUUCAGAUAAAUAGAUGGAUGGAUAUACAGAGAAAAACAGCAUAACUGAAUGAUAUAUGGAUAGAUAAACAAACUAACCGAUAAACAAAUAGCUAUUUAUAUCUAUAUCUAUAUGCAUAUAUAUUUAUACGUAUGUAAGAUUAUUGAUUAACAAAAAGAUUGAUAGAGAUGACUGUGUUUAGAUAUCUAUGACAAUAUAAAAACAUAUUUAUAUAACAUAUAUUUACACGUAGGAAGCUCUAUAUAACUAACUAUAUAUAUAUAUAUUUAUAUUUAUAUCUAUUACAUAUAAAUUAUACUUAAUAUAUGUAGAGACCGUUUUUGUGUAUGUGUAUGUUUUUUUAGUACAUCUAUUUAUUUCUUGAUAUAUUUUAUAAAUAUAUCAUUAUAUAAUUUUUUUUAAAACCGCGGAUUACUAAAAUGAAACCGACAGCUAUGGGGCGAAGCAUUCCAAAAGUGCUUUUGAUACUUCUUUUGGGACAGAUGUGUUCCGUAUGGUGCCAUAAACAUUUUGAGAAAAUUGCCGGUGACAAUUGUACAAUACAAAAGUUGGAGUACACCGUGCCAUACGUUGCAGACAUUCGGGGUCAACUUCUGACAUACAAUUUACCAAGUAAGGGGCCGGAUAGCGUAUUGGAAGUUACACUAGAUGGAGUCCCUACUGAAGUUAGCGAAAAUUUGCCGGAUCAUUUUAAUGUGGCCUUCCGUUGGCGAAAAGAAAACCAUAUACUGGUCCUUCGUAAAAUUUCAUUGGUUGCAGAAGAUUUCUACAUGGAAUGGAAAGAAAAUACGACAGACGUAAGGGAAUUUACGUAUCCACAAUGCAGUUACCAAGGUUAUAUAGCCGGUAUGGAGUCUUCCUAUGCAGCCAUUACGGCUUGUGAUGGCUUGAAAGGAUUCAUGAGGACCAACGAUGAGGAUGUUUACAUUGAACCAGUCAACAGCGAAUCGCAUGUUGGAAAGAAGGGACGGCCACAUUUUAUCUACUCAUGUAAGGAAUCGCACCAUCAGAAGAAGGCUGUGGAUAUCAAUGAUGAAGGCAUUCAAAAUACACAUAUCAAAAGAAGUAGGCACUAUAAGAUGAAAACCCAGAGACAGCACCAUCUACGGCAACAUCGUGUACGAAGGGACAUACCCGUUAACUUUUAUCUCGAAGUUUUGUUGGCUACCGACAACACUUUGGUAAAGUUCCACGGUAAGAGCCACCUGGAGCAGUACUUAUUGGGAAUUAUAAACAUCAUGAACGCUGUCUACCAACACGGAUCUUUAGGAAUGAAAAUUGAAGUUGUCCUAAAACGAAUUGUUGUCUUGGAGGAGCGGGAGACUAGAGACAUCAUAAGCGAGGGUAAUGCUCAGGCGACACUCGACCGCUUCUGUCAGUGGUCCACCAAGAAAUAUCAUGAGAACCGCGGAACUGACACCAGUUACGAUCUAGCAAUUUUCAUAACCAAGAGAAACAUUGGACCUGCUGGUUAUGCUCCAGUUACUGGUAUGUGCAGACCUCACAGAAGCUGUUCCAUCAACAAAGAUGACGGCUUAACGUCCGCUUUUAUCGUGUCUCAUGAAGCUGCGCAUGUGUUUGGUGUGCAGCACGAUGGUCAGGGUAAUCAUUGCUACGGUACCAAGUACCAUGGAAGCAUCAUGGCACCAAUGGUGGAGUCAACCUUUGGCACAUAUUACUGGUCGGACUGCAGCGCAGCCAGAAUGAGAUAUUUCGCUUACCAUUUAUCCUGUCUCCGAAACAACCCAAAACGUCGUACCUGGCCUUCAAUGGCUACACCAAUUGGUGUCGGCUGGACUUUGGAUGCCCAGUGCAAACAAGAAUUUGGUGAAGGCUUCCGUGUAUGUGGAGGGUUUCGACAGCUUGAUCCUUGCACCCGUCUAUGGUGCAGUCAUCAGAGCACUAUGCACAUGUGCAGAACCAAAAAUGGACCACCAUUAGAAGGUUCGAAGUGUGGAUUCGGUCAGUGGUGCCUUGGUGGAGCCUGCCAGUACAAAAGCAACUUGAUCCCGAUUGAUGGAGCGUGGGGCUCUUGGACCAGCUGGGGCCCGUGUUCUGUGACCUGCGGCUUCGGGGCACGUUUCAGGCAGCGCAAAUGUAACAACCCCAGCCCAGCGUUUAAUGGAAAAGAAUGUGAAGGUCGCGUUGAAGAAUUCAAGAUUUGCAAAACGGACGUGUGUGUAAACAACAGAGACAUGAGAGCUGAACAAUGUGCACUUUUCGAUGGCUAUGUGAUUGGAAACAACCAGCACACAUGGAGACCAACACAACUUGGCAACGGUAGGAAACUGAUGAAAUAUCAUAGAAUCAUUGUUUUACCAAAAGGUGCCAGAAAUAUCUUCAUAUCAGAGUCUCCCAGUCGAAAUAAUUUCAUGGCACUUGAAGACGAGAAAGCCGACGAAUUCCCUUUGAAUGGUGACGGCAUUCAGGCCACUUCCCAUUCGUUCAUAUUAAAAGGGGCUCGCUUUGUUUACACCAACACUGAAACAGAAGAAACGUUACAAACAACCGGACCGAUUAACGGCUUUUUAAUUGCAUUGUUGUAUAUGACAGAAAACAACACAGACUCCGAGAUAACGUAUAGUUACACGGCCAGUCGAGAUGAUUACACUUUUGAGAAAAACAGUUUUAAGUGGCGUUUUGACAAAUGGAGUGAAUGUAGUGUUUCUUGCGGCGCAGGAACGCAGAAUACGAUGUACAACUGUUACAAUACACUCACCGAUAAACUUGUUGACAAGAACUUCUGUCUCCAUCUUGAAAAUCCCCGGAUUGACAAAGUGGAAUGUACACGGGAGGAGUGUAUGAAAUCGAGGUGGGUGGUUGAACGAUGGAGCAGUUGUUCUAAAACAUGCGGCUCAGAUGGUGUGGAGAAACCCGUAUACUUUUGUGUGUCAGACAGCCGAAAGAAAGAUGAAGUGAUUUCUGAUUCUUACUGCGAUAAAAGUAAAGAACCCAAUGGUACCCGGGAAUGCAACCGGGUUCCUUGUGCUGGAGAAUGGCAAAUCGGUGAAUGGACUAAGCUAAAGUCACUGUUUGCCUAACGGACAACACCCAGUUUUGUAAAUACGGCUCGACCAACCGCACAUGUUUCUACAACGGUUACAGAGAGCUCUGCUGCAAAUCUUGCGAAAAGUUUUUAAAGAACUACUAAAGAACCAAAGAAGCAAAAGAACACUUCCAUCUCACCAUUUUACACUGUUAAACAACAAGGAAAAAAAACCCAAAAGAACUCUCGAAUGAAAAGAAAGAAACAACUCGAAGACCAACCGAAUUUUAUAUCUGGUAUCAGAUAUAGAAUUAUGAAGAAAUUUACGAAUUUAAUAUAUUUUUCGGCUAUUUUUAGAGAGAAAAACCACCCUGUUUGAUGGCAUAAAAGACGCAUAUUCAGCGCACCCGGAUUUCACCAGUGCAUAUUCAGGAAAAGAUGAUUUUAGUGUAUAAAAGCCUAUGGGUGGCCCAACUUUGCAUAUAGGGCCAAGGGGGGAUUUUUUUUUUUUUU